ACUCAGUGAUACCGCCUCAGUUCAGUGCAGGAGAGCGGCCCGCCCCGGAUUUUGAAUCUUUUAUCAUUAAUUUCGGCUUCUGAGUUCUUAUUCUCUCUCUCUAUUUCCGGGUCCGAGUUUUUAUUUUGUCAACACUCCAAUCCUUUUUGACUCUUUUACGUAAGUUCCAAGUCUCUUCUCAGUCUGAUCGAACUUGGGUUUAUCAAGUCGCGACCCCUUUUACUUUAGACGGGUGGGUUCGCCCUCUGAAACUCAAAAAAUCGGAAGCCCUAAGUUUGUUUCUUCGCUCUUCUCUCUCUUUCUUUAUACCAGGUUUGGAUACGAUUCUUUCCUGUAUCUCUCCUCUCUCUGAUUUGGAAGAGGUCCGCGGGCUCCGCCUUGGUCCGCCAUUAAUGGCUGCGACCGAGGACGCUAGCGAGAUUGAGAAGCUCUACGAGUAUGGCGAGCGCCUCAACGAGGCUAAGGAUAAAUCCAAGCAUGCAAGCGAUUACCAAGGCAUAAUCGAGGCAGCAAAGGGGAGUCUGAAGGCAAAGCAAUUGGCUGCUCAGCUCAUCCCAAGGUUCUUCAAGUACUUCCCCGACUUAGCACACGACGCUGCUAAUGCUCAUUUCGAUUUGUGCGAGGAAGAAGAAGAGCUUGGAAUCAGGAUACAGGCAAUUCGUGGUCUUCCGCUUCUUUGUAGGGAUUGUCCGAACUAUGUUCCUAAGAUAGUUGAUGUUUUAGGACAACUUCUUCUUACUGAGGAAAAUCUCGAGCGUGAUGCUGUUCACAAAGCCCUGAUGUCCUUUUUAAAGCAGCACACCAAAGAAUCGUUAACAGCAUUAUUUGCACAUAUUGUGAGUAAUGAAGAACAAUUACGUGAGAAGGUUCUCAAUUUUAUCAAGGACAAGGUGUUUCCCCUCAAAUCUGAGCUAUUGAAGCCUCAGGAAGAGAUGGAGAGACAUAUUACUGAUUUAGUUAAGAAAAGUUUGCAAGAUGUAACUGGCGACGAGUUUGGAAUGUUUAUGGAUUUCUUAAAGAGUUUGAGCAUAUUUGGGGAGAAGGCUGGUCCAGAAAGUGUUCAAGAGCUAAUUGAGAUUGUUGAAGGGCAAGCUGAUCUAGAUGCACAAUUUGAUGUGUCAGAUAUUGAUCAUGUCGAGAGGUUGAUGGCAUGUCUGAACAUGGCUCUUCCCUUUUUCAUGCGGGGUGCAUCCAAUAGCAAAUUUCUGAACUACUUGAACAAACAUAUUCUGCCUGUUUUUGACAAGCUUCCUAAAGAACGACAAUAUGAUCUGCUGAAGAACCUCUCCGAAAGCUCACCCUAUACAACGCCACAGGACUCACGCAAUCUUCUCCCAUCUGUUCUUAAUUUGCUUAAGAUAUAUAUGCCUCGCAGAAAAUCUGCUGAAGAGACAAACUUGGCUUAUGUUGAGUGCUUGCUAUACACCUUCCACCAUUUGGCCCACAAGACACCAAAUUCAACAAACAGUCUUUGUGGAUACAAGAUAGUUACGGGGCAGCCAUCUGAUAGACUUGGGGAAGAUUUUUCAGAAAACCACAAGGACUUCAUUGAGAGAUUGAAUUAUCUUGAAGAGCAAGUUAAGGCUACUAUGAAGAAAUCAACCCAAGGGAUGGCUGAACACAACAAAGCCAUGGCUGCUGCCAAGACCGAAGAUGCGAAAGCUGCUGUUAAAUUGAAGAAACAGAAAACUACAACAGAGUUAAGAACCUGCAAUAAUAUUUUGGCAAUGGCACAGCCUUUGCACUCCAAAGUUCCAGCUUUCAUCGGAGAUAAGAAAAUCAACCUUUCAUGGAAAGAAGCUAUAAAAACAACCACUGCUCCCGCAUCUGGGGGCAAAAGAACAGCAGCCACAGCCAUUAAUGGUUCUCCAGGUGCGGGUGGGAAUCCAAACAAGAAAGGGCGUGGUGAUGGGCGAGUGCAGAAUCAGCUUAUGAACAGGGCAUUGUCUGGCUUAACUCAUGGCGGUGGCCGAGGUGUUGGUAGCGCUGGCAGGGGAAGGUGGUAUGGUGGUAGAGGUCGAGGAAGGGGCUACAUUUAGCAUCUCCCACCCUUUCAUAGGACUGUAUUGUACACUUGCAUUUACCCAGUAGGCCUGUAUUUGCUGGCCUGCUUCAUGGCCUAAUACCGUUAUAUAUAUAUAUAUAUAUAUAUAUAUAUAUAUAUAUAUAGAGAGAGAGA